UGAGUGGUAGGAUGGUGCGGGUUGGUGGAGGCAGCCUCCGUGGGGGAAAGGUGGUGCCCCAUGCUGGGGGUUUUCAGGCUCUGAUGGACGGCCAGGCUUUAUGGGCACGGAUGCGGACUGUUGAGCUGCUGCGGACCUGCUGUGAGGAGUGGAGAUCUGAGACUCUGGAUCUCCACAGUGAAAUUGGCAGGCUGAAGGCAGCUUGCUUGGACUUGGACCAGAUCUGGAGGAUCAGCCAGCACUGCAUGAUCCAGCUACUAAGCCGACUGGAGGCACAGCAGGAGUGGGCCUGUGGGUUGGUCAAGUAUGGGGGAAGUGUAGGUGAGAUUAAGCUGCCUGCCACAGAGUUGUCCCUGCCUGCUCUUCCAGGGCUGGAAUACCCGGACCCUGGAGGUUCGGGCCUGGCUGUUCCUGUUCUAGGAGCCCAGCUAGACUGGGUAUCAGGGUAUAUGGUGCCUCUUGCAGGAACCAUGGAGGAUGCAGAUGGCAAAGGGCUGGUACCUAUUCACAUCGGGGCACAGACGGUGGACCCAGUGAGCGGGGAUCUGGCUUCAGUUGUGGGAGCUCGGCUAGACUUUUGGAAGAGGACAGUAGUUCCAGUGACUGUGUCCCAGUGCCAGAUCAUAGAUAAAACAUCUGACAUUGUGGUGGUGGAGGCUUUACAAAAGGAGUGCAGCACAAGGGCUCGGUUCUGGAGGCAGCAGAAAGCAAAAGAGGAGCAGCUGGUUUCAGAUUUGGAGAGCGCUCUGCGGGAGUGUCUCUACACAGCCCUGCAGGAGGAACCGGAUCAUAUUGGGUGGUCAGAUACGGAGAAGCAGCUCCAGGAGGCAGCAGCGGAGCUUCAGGAGGCAGCUCGUACCGAGGCUCUGAGACGAAGUGCUGAGAUCUCGGAGCUCUCUCUCCUCCUGCCUGAGCACGUCCUUCUCAUACUUACUGGAGGUGAUGAUGAAGAGUGGAAUCAGCAGUGUCACUGGCACACUGAACUCACAGCUGUGUUGAACAGAGUCGGUGUGUUUAUGGCUAAGCAGCAGUGGGACCGGGAGCCACCAACAACGCUGGUUGAUGACAAACUGGAUAAGAAGACGAGGCAGAGGGAGAUAUGGGAGCAAUUGAAUCAAAGACGCGCUGAGCUGGACGUUGCUCUUACCUCAGUGAACUGGACCCGCGAGCUCAACCAGCUCCAUGCUGACACCGCAGAGGCUAUGUUAUCUGGAGAGUUCUGGUAUAGGGAUUACAGCCCACUGCAGCUCAAAGGUGAAAAAAAUCCUCUGAAAGCAAUGGCUGUGAUGCAGCACAGAAUCCUCCCUCAGCUGGAACGGCUUAUUCAGUUGCUGGAAGAGAGCAAACGUUCCACUUUCUUCACAAGCAGCCGGGACCAGCGGAGCUCUGGCAAAGAUUGGAACACGAUCCUGCAGCUCUCCCCUCUCUUCCAGCUCAUCCAAGAGGUGGAACAGCAGCUCAGAACCCAAGCCCAGCAUGCAGGCUUACUCAGCAUCCAGCACCAAGACUCGGGGCGGCCCUUUAUCGAUUUUCUAGACGCGCAGUGGGAGAGCGAGGGGGAACUGGUUCAGGUCAGCGCUGACAGCCUCGGCCCCCGAGAGUUUCUCAUCUACCAGCAUGGCCAGUUUCUUUUCCAGCUGCUCCACACACACAAAGUGGCUCCGGCGGUAAAAUUGCUGCUUGCUUCAAGUCUUCCUAGAAAUAACUACCACAGCAAUGCCUUCCGCAAUUCCUUUUAUUACCAGGAGACAGAAGAAACUCUGUAUGUUCGCUCUCAGAAGUUACAGUCUAUAGGAGGAUUCUCACUACUGCUUCUGCACUGCGCUGCUCAUAUCUCCACCGGUAAGCUCGAUGUGGACUCCACUGCUGCCUUCCAAAGGGCUUUCUUCAGGGUGUUAGAAGUGUGUCUAAGCGAGUUGUUCCACUCCAGAUUGAGCUGGGAUUUGGCUGACGGCGAGACACAAAGCAGAGACUCGGUCGCUCAUGACCUUUCACUUGAGAGAGUGCACAAACCCGGACACAGGGCUCCAUCUGAGGACACGGACGAGGUGUCCAGGCUGCUGGAGAAGCACAAAGAAAGUUCAGUGUUCAGGCGAGUCGAGAGCCUGCUGAGAGAGAGGAGACUGGAGGUCAGUCCCAGCGACUUCGAGCUGCCAAUUAAACGCAGCACAGAGGGUCAGGACAGGGCUCCUGAGUAAUGUGAUUGAUCCCGAGUGAAAAACGAACACUGCUGACUUUUACUGACUCUGACAAGGCCAAAUAUUCGGUCUACAGGAGGCUACAGGAGGCUACAGUAUGGUUCCUUCUGCUACACACACAGAGGAAUUAAGAGCUGCAUGAUGACUUUCUUUUAGAUGACGUGUAUUUGACUACAAACAGAUGUGCAUGGAAUACAUGCUCAGUAUGCUCUUUAUUUUUAGAAAAAUACCAAUCUGGUACUGACAAACCUUUUGAGUAUACAAUUACUGACUGUAGCCCAUCUGCCACUCUGUCAGCCAUUUAUUAAUUAUAGGGAACCCAUAUAGGACUGGUACAGACAACCUUUGAGAGUAUACAAUUACUGACUGUAGCCCUUCUGUCACUUUGUCACACAUUUAAUAAUCAUAAGAAACCCACAUAGGACUGUUACAGACAAUCUUUGUGAGUAUGCAGUUACUGACUGUAGCCCAUGUGUCACCCAUUUAUUAAUUGUAUGGAACCCACAUAGGAUUGGUACAGACAAACCUUUUGAGUAUACAAUUACUGAUAGCCAACCGGAAUAUUUUUAACAUUUCACAGCAUUCCUGGUCUUAAUUUGCACCCGUCUCAAUAUUUUUGGAAUAAGUUGAAGGGGUUUGAUUAAAUAAUUAUUUUGUUUCAUAAAUGUACACUAAUUUCUAAUUCAAUACCUGUCAAAUAUAGUUAAAGUAUAGCUUUUCAUUUUAUUAUCAUGUUCCCUACUGUCCCAACCUUUUUAAAUAUUAGGUCCAGCAGUCACCACUGAAUAAUUCAGCGAAGUAUUUGCAGUUGAUAUGUCUUUUAGAAAAGCUUUCAAUAUUUCAAGCAGAAAUGCAUUCUCUGACCUGGUGUCACUGCUACAGAAAGGACCCGGACCAAUGUACCUGGGGAUCAAACCCUCAGUGGUCAAGAUACUGAUCACUGGUUUGCCCCACAGCAUCCAGGUUGCUUGAGCAAGGCAUCCAAUCCUCAAUUGCUUGGACUGCAUAUGGUCAAAGAAGUCACUUUGGAUACAAGUGUCUGCUAAAUGUUCAUGCUUUAGGGCCCAAAUGGUGAUUAUUAAGGUUAUAAUAAAUGUUAUUGUUUCUUGUCUGGUAUUGUUUGGUCUUGUGGUUGGAUCUUGUCUGGGUUACUGUUCUCAAGGGUGUUGCAAAAGAGAACCUGCUAUUUAAAUGCAUGGAGCCCCAAAUUACAAUGCAAUAAAGCAAAUUAUCCACUGUGGCCCCGUAAUAUUUGUCAAGCUAGUACCUUAUAAGAUUUUCUCUGUUUAAUUUCCCUCCGGUUUCAGCCAUUUCAAAUUCCAUGCAAAGUCAAUUUCAGAGUGUUAUUUCAGCUGGUUAUUGAGCAUCCGCAUUGAGUUUAUCCUUAAAUGCUCGGCUAAUAGAAAAGGUUCUACAAUUCGACCGGUAAUAUAUCGUAUUUAAAGUCUGUCUACCGUAUCUGUAGCAUAUGUGCGAUUUCCAAGGUGUGUUUUGUAUUAUAAUAAUAAUCAGAUACGAAAUAGAACAUUGAGAACUAUGACAAUAGAACAGCAAACAUGAAAAUCAUUUUGCUUUUCUGUGUCUUUGUGGGUUUGUUAUGUGAGAUUUACUCCUACUUUCCAAUAAACAUGCAGAAAAUGGAUUGGCUGCAGGUGGCACGGGACCCCGACCAGGAUUAAGUGGUUAUUCAAAUAAAUGCAAUGAAUUGGCAUCCUAUCCAGGGUGUGUUACUGCAUUAUGUCUAGUGAUUUCAGGGAAAACCAGACCCAUCAUGAUCCUAACCAGGAUAAAUCAGUGUUAAAAAGCAUGAAAAUGAAAAUAAAAAAUAAUAAUAAAAUGAACUGUACUUCUAAAGAAACCCUGUAACCAAGCAAACCCAGUUACAACUCAAACACACACACACACACACACACAUACACACACCCAUUCACUUAUAGGGCAAUUCAGUGUCUCCAAUUAACCUGACUGCAUGUUUUUGGACUGAAACCGGAGCACCCGUAGGAAACCCAUGCAGACAUGGGGAGAACAUGCAAACUCCACACAGAAAGUCAGAAACUCCACACAACUCAAACAUCUAACUCUAUAUUACAGCUGUGGCGGCACGGUGGCUUAGAGAAGGUCCUGGGUUCAAUUCCCAGUUGGAGUGGUCCAGGUCCUUUCUGUGUGGAGUUUGCAUGUUCUCCCCGUGUCUGUGUGGGUUUCCUUCAGGAGCUCCGGUUUCCUCCCACAGUCCAAAGACGUGAAAGUGAGGUAAAUUGAAGAUACAAAAUUGUCCGUGACUGUGUUUGACAUUAAACUUGUGAACUGAUGAAUCUCGUGUACCUGUUCUGUCAUGAGUGUAACCAAGGUGUGUAAAACAUGAUGUUAAAAUCCUAAUAAAUAAAUAAAUGUUACAGCUGUUC